UUCAUCGGCUGAAAGGAAGGUCUUCUUGGAGGUGCCAAGAGAAGACAUGAUACAAGAUGGCGGAUAAAGUCACGGCUGCGGUAACCACGGAUUUACUAAUAAGUAUUCCGUUUCCACGGAGUAAAAGGGAGUAGGCUUGGAAGACGUAUCGAAAGGAAUGGACGCGAACCGUCGCCAAGGACUUGGCCACAUGCAGAAAGUCCAGCCUCUUCCUGCAACGUUUGUCCGCUCUUCUCUUUCAUCCGUACGCUGCAGGCCUUUGUUCACCGUGGGAGAACCGCGGAAGUGUAUAAACGUGUACGUUGAUUCUGCGGGGCUGCUCCGGCGUUACAUGGAUAUAACACGGAUUGUACACGAAUACAUGCCUCGAGAUUAUAUCACCGAGGUUCUUGGUAGUCGACAAACUCGACACACGUUCACACGGUCGAUCAGCCGGGGAGUAUUGCGUUACUCUACACGGGCCACGACCAGUGCUCGCUUGACCACGCUGCAGGGAACUGGGGUCUUCUCUCUUUGGUCGGUGGUAAAGAGUGCCUAA